UGACUAAAAAUGUCCUCUGAAAAAACUUGCUCUAAAUGAGCAAAAUUAGCUUUCACAAGAAAGCUAUAUCAGUGAUUUCCCCUAUCUAACCUAAAAGACAAGCCAGCAGACGCGAUAUGAGCUUCAUAAAGGCAUUGUGUGAAAUUAAUGCAUUUGCAAAUUGAGAACCUCCCCUUGCAUGAUGGCGGAUGAAUGUGUCCGUGGGGCAGACCGCAACAUUAAUAUACCUCAGCCACAGUGAGGAAUCGGCGGACACAGCAGGAGCAAAGACACUCAAAUUCAUCCCAAAUCAAAUUUUGGAGAUCUGUUUUUUUUCUUUUCCGUCAAAGCGAGGAAAAAAAAUGCCCCGGAAAGACCCGCUCGUUUCGUCAUUUUGAGAUCCGAAGGGGAGGAUUUCUCCAUUCCCUGAAAAUUUCUCCGCAUGACCCGCAUCAUUUUGGGAGGUAACAAAAAGUGGAGCACACGCGUCUUUCCUCAUUCAACAAACGAUACAAUGUAACUAACGGGCGCCUUGAUCCGCAAAACCACCCGGAGCUCAUGUUUGUGCGCGCGAUCUUGCUCUUGUUUGGCUGAAUUGGAGAAAAGCAGACGAGGAGGGAGAGUAAAGGGUAGAGAGCGUUUGACUCCUGCGAGCUCUGCAGCACAAGUUUCUUCGCUCUUGCUGACAGACGUGGAGUCAUGAGUUGUCAGGAGGUGCCGAACCCCAGUCAGGAGCCCAAGGACCCACCGGUGGUGCCGACAGAGGCUGGAGCCACACAGGCAGUGCCCACCACGUCCCCAAAACUGCCCUCCGUCACUGUGAAGACCGAAGCACCUGCAGAAUCUGUGGCCAGCAACGGGAAAGUGAGCGACGGGAGCAUUCCUGCUGAAAUCUGUGUGGUUCUGGGCAGCUCGCGCAACUCUCAGACACAAGGCUCAUACAUUUGUGGAGUGUGUGGCAAAAAGUACAAAUACUACAACUGCUUUCAGACACACGUGCGAGCUCACUCAGAGGCUGAAGGUACUGUUUCUGGAGAAGGAGCAUCUCUGGGAAUCAAUAGCGCUUUCCGUUAUACAUGUGACGUUUGUGGGAAGAAAUACAAGUAUUACAGCUGCUUUCAGGAGCACCGAGACCUCCAUGCCGUUGAUGAUCCAUAUGACCAUGUGAUUCCUGUUGAAGACCUGAAAGAGGAAGCCGAAUCCUUCCAGAAAAUGGGACCAAAAACAGGAAGUUACACGUGCGAGUAUUGUGGAAAGCAGUACAAAUACUUCAACCCGUAUCAGGAGCACGUGGCUCUUCACGCUCCGCUGAAGGGAACUUUUGGCCUUAAAUUGGAAGGGAAACUGUCUGGUCAGUCUGGCCAGUCCAGCCGUGUAGACAUCAACAAUUCCCACAACUCCAGCGAUACUCCAAACAGCCGGACUUACACAUCCCUCCCCAGCCCUCAGAAAACCUACACGUGUGGAGCCUGUGGAAUUCAGUUCCAGUUCUACAACAACCUCCUGGAGCACAUGCAGUCCCAUGCUGCUGAUAACGAGAACCAUGUUAAAGAAGACUCUCCCAAACCCUGCCCAGCGCCGGCGGGCACACAGGAGCAGUUGUGGAAGUCUCCACAGCCGGCACAGCAAAGGAACCACAUGCCAUCUUUCCAGAACAGAUUACUCCCAGAAAAGGAGAGGCAACAAGUGGCAGAGCGUUUGCUGCGAGUGAUGUGUGUCGACCUCGGCCUUCUCGGUGUUCUCAGCAGCAAAGACUUCCUGAAGCUGGCGCAGACGCUGGUGGACACGGGAUCCCGCAAUGGAGCCUACUCCAUACGGGAAGCUCUGGGAGAUAUGAGCUCACUGGCUUUAAAACAGCUCCCUCGCAUGUACAAUCAGGUCAAAGUGAAGGUCACCUGCGCCCUAGGCUCCAAUUCCUCCUUGGGCAUUGCAGUGACCUGCCACUCGCAGACUGUUGGUCCAGACUCCUGCUAUUUGCUAACAGCCUAUCAAGUCGAGGGUGUGCGACUCCGUCGCUAUGUGCUAGGACUCAAGGAGGCCUCAUUAAGGGAAAGUCCUGAGCAGAUUCACCACUGGGUCCAGAAUGUUCUCUCAGAGUUUGUCAUGUCUGAAAUCCGCACCGUCUACGUCACAGAACCACGCUUGUCUUCGCUGACCUUCUGUGGUCGCACAGGAAUCUGCCUCCGCUGCGCAGGUUGUUCUCUUACAGCCACGGUUCAAGCUGUUCUCGGGCGCCGCAGCCUGCAAGCACGAGGCCUUCACGAAUUAGGGGAGCUUCUGGCUACCUGUCGCGACAUUGCAGCAACGACCAGCUUCAAUCAUGAAGGAAAAACUGCAGAAGAUCCUGCUGCUCCACCAUGCUGGGAUGCAGUCGCCGAGGCCUUGUUGAAGGUUCACGAGAACUUCGAAGCCACCUGUGAAGCGUACGGCCGCUCGAAGAGCACCGUUCCUCUUCUGCAGGGUCUGAACAAGCACCUUCUGGGCACACUGGCGUGUUUGCUGGCGCCGCUGAGACAGGCAGCGCUGGAGCUAAGUUUGGAACGCUGCCCCACACUCCAGAACGUCCUUCCCGUCUACCUCCGUCUCGAAAAACUGUUCACCUCCAAAGCCGGCGAAGCGGGUGCUGGUAGCAAGCUCUGCCAUUACUUCCUGGAAGCCCUGAAGGAGAACUUCAAGGUGGAGCGAGUUCAUCAGGUGGCCAUGAUCCUGGACCCCCAGCUGAAGCUGCGUCCCGUUCCUGCAUACCAACACGAGGAGAUCAUCUCACGGGUGUGUGAUAUGGCUGCUAGUAUGCGGGAUUUAGGAAGCGGCGGGUCUGCAGGAGCAUCUGUGGACGAGCGGGAUGGCGAGGGGCCAUCGGCCCCCAAGCGAGGUCGUUUGGACUGCGGAUUGGACAGGCCAUCAUGUGACGCUGAGGAACCGCAAGUACGAAAAGAGCUGUUCCAGUACCUCGGAGAACCGCUCUUCAGCGGCACAGGUGAUCUGCUGCAGUACUGGAGCUCGGUCAUGGACAGGUACCCGCGGCUGUCCCGGUUAGCGCUGUGGUUGUUGGCUGUGCCCGCAGUGGCUGUGCACGGGGAGUGCAUGAGCAUCUGCGAGCAGACCUUAGCCAUGAAGAGGAAGCAGCAGGUCACCGCGGAGGAGAUGAACAAACUGGUCUUCCUCAAGAGUAAUUUCGCUUGAGACGGCUCAGGGCUUUCAUGGCACCAUAGACUGUUUGAAUUAGGGACUUUUUGAAGCAGUACCGGUCACUUCUCUAUACCCCUUCCAAAAAUUCAGUUUUACCGUAAGUGUCUAUCAAGCGAGGCACGGGAUUUACAAAGGAAAGGUGCAUUGACAACUAAUCCACAAACACCCCUUCAGACCACAUCUCGGCAUUUGGGAACGGCAACAGUGCAACUCGAUUGGGGGAAAAAAGAUGCAGUCGGCUCGAGGACACGGAUGUAAACUUCGAUGUUUCAGUUGAACUACCGCUUAAAAAUUUGUGAUGUGUUUUAAUCAGUAUGUGGUUCAUCCAUCCCUCUUCUCUUUCUGUGGAUCCCAUCUUAAAAUGAAGUCAGUGGAUUCUUGAAAUUACAGACGACAUCCUGUCCAUCUAGCGAAGGAAUCAAACGGGGUACUUAGAAAAGCCAUUUCUUUUGCAAUUGCGCCUUUAUGAAAACCACACAAACACUCUUUGCUGUGACAGGUGAAGGAUACCUCUCUCUAGCGGUUUCUCAGCGGUGUAAGUCUCAGACGGGCCCUGGUUUGAGUAAUCUCAGUUAACCGGUUUGAGUGCGUUAAGCUCUUGUUCGGACUCAGGAGUUUAAGGCCAGCAGAACUCGUAUUUAAACUUGGGUCUCUCUCACACACACACAAACACACAAGUAAAUGGUUUUACAGUUAUUUAUUUGACCUUUUUUUAUCAGUUCUCACAAUAACGUUGCAAUAAAUGUCACGUAGCAGAAGUUAUACUCUCAAGCUAACUUUGAUGCCUUGCACCUUUUGUAGCAGCCUUUUUGUUUUCGUUACAGCUCACUGGGAUCAUUUCCUCCUACAAUACAGUCUGCAAUACCUGAAACAGCCACUUGAAACCCUGAGAUUGGAUGCCCAAUUCUAUUGGGUUGCGGAGGUAUAUAGGAAUGACGUGAUGAGUUGUGGUUCCAGUGGAUCUGAUUUUCUUUUUCCUUUCCUUUCUCCUGAUCUUGUUUCUGAAAUGUGGGAAUAGGGCUAUGAAACGCAGAAACUGACUGUCUCGCACUGUCUCAGUACAAACCUCUUUGAACAGAGGCAGCUAACUGCAUUAUCGUUCGAAUGCAUUUUUAAGAGGAUAAAGCUACACAUCUUUCAUUAUUUAUGCACUGGAUUUCUCUCAUGGUUAUGUUCCUCAUUUAUCCGCAGCAGGUGAUUAGAUUAGCGGCAACAUUAACUAGAGAAAACGUCGCCUAGAUUAGGACCAAAGUAUCUUUUAAAGCGUAGUUCGUCAUUGUGAAUAAUUGCCAUUGCCAAACAGGUUUGUAGUUUUUAAUCUCACAGCGUUCAUGCUUCCUCAUAACCGUUUCGCCCUCGCAAAUUUCCACUGCCUUUGAGAAAACCGUUUUUAUUUUCUAAACAAUUCUACUACACCAACGGUCGUAACGAUUUUCACUUCCAUGCUAAAAAUAAGCGAUCUUCAAGAGUAUUUUGCAGUAGUUUUUCCAAGGAAAGAUGUGAUUUAGUAUUCUAUAGUUUGUCUUGUAAUGCCUUGAACAUCUUUGUGUGAUUAUACAGAUUAUGCAUGCAGACAAUAUAAGAUUUUUCUUUUUUUAAUCUUUAAUAAAGUGGCAGAGAUCUACAUUCACACAACGGCA